AUGGCAAGGGAGGAAAUAUACAAAAAACGCAUUAUCGAGCAAUCGCUGCUUUUUCGAGCUGCCAGAGCUCACAAUACUCGUCGUCGAGCCCAGCAAAGAGCCGACUUUCGAACUCCAAACCGACAAUUUCGACGGAGCAUUUCCACGGAAGACUCCAGAAUCGUCGAGUCCACGAUGGACUUGAACUUGGAACGAUCCGGAUUCCAGAUACUUUUGAUGUCGUUUGAAGUUUGUCGUAUACAAAUUGGCGAGUGUUGGUUUUCGGAAAUUCUUGAGAAGAAGUGA